AUGGCAGAAAAUGUCAUUAACUCUGACCUGAACUUGCCUGAACCAAUCAGACCCAGAAUUCUGACAGUCCCUGAUGUCCAAGCUUGGAAUGCAGAGGAAAGGGGCUCUGUCCAGCUGCUCCCCACACCUUUAUGUCUCUGCCCCUCUAUAGGUAAAAGCCAUUGUUCCAGAACACGAGCUGCUGCUCUGGUUGCUGUCCUGGCUGUGAUCACCCUCCUGGUGGUCAUAGCCCUGUAUCUGACACUCAGCACGGCAGGCAGCCAGCAGGACUCAACAGCACUGACCUCCAGCAGCCAAAAGGUUUCAACACCAUUGUCCCCCACCAGCCAGGAGGACUCAACACCAUUGUUCCCCACCAGCCAAGAGGACUCAACAGCAUUGACCUCCAGCAGCCAAGAGGACUCAACAGAAUUGACCUCCAGCAGCUGGAAUGUCUCAACACCAUUGUCCCUCAGCAGCCAAGGCAACUCAACAGCACUGACCUCCAGCAGCCAAGAGAACUCAACACCAUUGUCCCCCACCAGCCGAAAGAACUCAACAGCACUGACCUCCAGCAGCGAAAAUGUCUCAACACCAUUGUCCUCCACUAGCCAAGAGGACUCAACAAAGUUCCCUCCCAGCCAUGAGGAGGCACCAGGAAGAAGUUGUUGUUCCACAACACGAGUUGCUGUUCUGGUCACUGAGAUAAUCGUGCUCCUGCUCAUUGUUGCGUGUCAGAUACUCCCAUGCAAAAGCCAUUGCUCCAGAACACAAGUUGCUGUCCUGGUUGUUGUCCUGGUUCCCAUUGCACUGGCCCUAACCCUGUCUUGGACACUCCCAUAUGGUCCAACAGCAGGCAGCCAAAAUGGCUCAGCAACAUUGUCCUCCACCAAGCAAGAGGAACCAACAACAGCCUCCCACAUACCUGAAGAGGCAUUAGGUUCAUUAUAAUGGGACCGUACCAAGACUAUCUCUGCACAGUGAUUGGAUUUCGUGAAGUACAUACUGCACCUUGUGGUGGAACCACAGCAACACAAAAUAUGUGUGAAAAAGCUGCAAUAAUUUCAAAAAGGCAUCAGAAGCAGAGCUAAAACCAAGAAGUGCAGGCUGAUAUGUUGUGCCCAGCUUCCUGUAGGAACCAUGGAUGGGAUGUGUCUCAUUUCUCUUUAGCUGCCCAGUCUCUGCUCCCAGACUCUCCUGCAGCCUCUCUCCAGCCUCGGGGCUGAGCUCAGCCCACCCUUUCCCUGAUGCUGUCUGAGCCUGGAUGGAUCCCCUCUGGAAGAGCUGGCACUGGCACACAGGAGGACUCUGGCACUGUCUCAUGCCAGAGGUGACACUUCCAGGCAGGCACUGCCAGGGGAGAGGAGUCCAGCCUGGGCACAGGGGUGAUCCCAAACCGAUCCUGACUCUGCAAGGCACAUCCAUCCACAGCCCUGUGUUCCCAGCCCUGCCUGGGCACAAGGAGACCCUUCCCCAGCUGGCCACAGCCUGGCCUUGCCUGCAGCCACAAGGGAAGGGCAGCACAGAUUUCUGGCUGGGAUCCUGUAGGGAAGGGCAAUGCCACUCCUUGCCAGUCUCAUGGUCAAGAUAGCACAAAAUCAGGUGUGGGUGUGGAUAAAGCUUCCCCUGUCCCAGACUGUUCCAAAAGCACACAGGAUCCCAGAGCUUGUGACGGAAAUUGGAAUCAGGCCAAGGGAAAGGGAUCCUACAGCAGCACAGCUCUGGGCAUAAAAUCAUCCCCAGUCCUGUGUGGGGAAGGGAAGGAAUGUCAGAUUUAGGAUCUGCUGGGGAAGGGCACAGAACGGAGACCAGCAGAGAGCAACAAGGCCUGAAGAACAGAGUUUCACUUGAACCUGAACUGAACAGAAAAUGGAACAAUGAAAUGCACAGUGGCCUGUGAAGGGCUGGUGAGAAGCCACAGGGAAUGGCAUUACCAUGCUCUGUCCUCUUUUCCUUUGAGAUUGGUCACAGGAGGAAAUGAUGCCUGAAGGCUUUUCCUGCUCAGAAAUGUUCAAGCCAACAUCAGAAACAGGUGGUAGAAGGAAAACAGCUGUGAUCAGGAAAGAGGCAAUCUCACCAAAGCUCUGCCCAUGUUCUUCUGUGGCUCUUGGGACCCUGGGCCUUGUGUGACUCCAGGAAUAUUUCUUCCUGCUGUGUCCUUUAGGCAGAAUCAUUCCUCCUUUAUUGGUGCCUUUCAUGGCUCUCUCUUUAAGCUGCAUGGUGGAGAAAGCUCUGUGAAGUCUGUGAAGAAGUGAGACUCAUAGCCUGGUUUACCACUGGAAAAAAAUUGUUCAAUCAAAAAAUCUACACACCGCAUGCUGUGGCCAUUGGAAGGAAAAAUGGAAUCCUACAGCAAAAACUGUCUCUUUCUAAAGUGAAAGCACAUUUUCACGCCCCUCACACCAGCCAUCCUCCUCACUGUCUGCUUGCAUCAAGAUCCUUUGGAAAUGUACUUGCAGUUCUUUCCCUGACUUUCCACCCGCAAAGGACAGAGUAUGAACAUGGAGCUGUAGCAGAACAAUCCCAGUGUCAGACCCCCAGGAUCUGUACUGUUACUCCAGAAGGAAACUGAGCUGGAGGGGCUCUUUCCUUUGCACUCAUUUCACUGGAGAGGGUGGGAGAGCAAUCUAUGUUGUGUUACAGAUUUCUGUCUUCUAUUUUCAUAUUCCAGCUGCUGUGGUCCCUUGGAUCAAGGGGGCUCUCCUGAAGGCAGGGCCAGGGAAAAGCCUCUUCCCUGGGAGCCACUGGCCCUCAGCUGGAGCCUUCAGCAGGCAGCACAGCCAGCAGCUUAUGCACCAGAGGGAUGGGAAGGGGAAGCCACCCUGGGGCCACUGUGGAACUGCACAAACCCCAUCAAACCCAGAAAGCCACAGGAAGUCUCAGGACUCGGGAGCAGCUACAGCUUGCAAGGAAAUUCAUACCAAGGGCAGAAGUUUGACUGAAAGUGCUUUGUUUCCUUUGCCUCUGUCUUGUUCUUGUUCACAAUUCUCUGAU